AUGGACAAAGUAAUGAGGUUGGCAUCAGAGAAGGGUGUGGUGAUUUUUAGCAAGAGCUCAUGUUGCCUGUGCUAUGCAGUUAACAUUCUAUUUCAAGAGAUUGGGGUGAGUCCUGUGGUUCAUGAGAUUGACCAAGAUCCUGACGGCAGGGAAAUGGAGAAGGCUCUUUUGAGGCUGGGGUGCACUGCCCCCGUGCCGGCCGUGUUCAUAGGCGGAACCCUGGUGGGAUCAACCAAUGAAGUCAUGUCCCUCCACCUAAAAGGCCAACUCAUCCCAAAGCUGAAGCCUCACCAGCAGCAGACUACGUCUUAA